AUGGUAGAGAGAUGGCGAAAGGAGACACACUGCUUCAAUUUUCGUGAAGGCGAGUGCACCAUCACACUUAAGGACAUCGCCAUCCUUACCGAUCUCCCCAUUGAUGGUGAUGUUGUUUGUGUGGACUCUACGGCACCACCUAAAGUUGUUGCCAAUAUGAGUGGUUGGCAACAUUUUAUAUGGACGGUCACCGGGUUGUGUCCGCCAGAAAAGGGAGAUCACGAUGCGGAUGGUAAUCCACCAUUGUCCAAGGGUUAA